AUGACGACGUCCCCGUCGCCAAGCGCUCGACUGUCGUCGCCGCGCUCGCGUGCCCGCUGCACGCGCCGCCCUGCUGGCCGCGACCCCGCUGGUUGCCGGCGCUGCCGUUCUGGCCGUCGCCGUGGCAGCACACCGCGCGCCCGUGGCCGUAGCCGCGCCGCACUGGCCGUGCUGCUCCGGCCGCGCCGCGCCGGGGCCGAGCCGCGCCGCCGCGCCAUGGCCGCGCGCCCCGAUGGCCGCCGCGUGCUGUGGCCGCCGCCGCCGCAGCCGCCGGCCGUGGCCGCGCCUCGCGUCGUGGCCGCGCCGAGCGCCGUGGCCGAGCGCCCCGCGCCGUGGCCGCGCCCCGCGCCGUGGCCGAGCGCCGCACCGUGGCCGCGCCCCGCGCCGUGGCCUCGCGCCUCGCGCCGUGGCCGCGCCCCGCGCCGUGGCCUCGCGCCUCGCGCCGUGGCCGCGCCACGCCAGUGGCCGUCGCCUCGCCCGGCCCUGGCCAGCCUCGGCCGCGCCCGCGUGCGAGCCCCCGCCGCCGCGCCCGCGUAUUAA